CCUGAGACCAGGAACUGUGGCCAUUUUCAGAGCUCACUUUGACAGAUAUCCACUCACACCCUAGCAGUGAUCAUAACUGUUUUUUUGUGUAUGAGGACGUAACACAGCCUCUUUAGAAUGGACUCGGGCGCGAGUAGCAGUAGGGGGCUCCGUAUGAAUGUGAUGGAGGGUGUAGGGGCGCGAGUAGCCCGUGGUCCUGACUGGAAAUGGGGUAAACAAGACGGUGGGGAAGGUCACGUUGGCACAGUCAGAAACUUCGAAUCACCGGAGGAAGUUGUUGUUGUGUGGGAUAACGGGACGGCAGCCAAUUACAGAUGUGCCGGAGCUUACGACCUCAGAAUCUUAGACAGUGCACCGACCGGAAUCAAGCACGAUGGAACCAUGUGCGAUAUGUGCAGACAACAGCCCAUAUUUGGUAUCAGAUGGAAGUGUGCAGAGUGUCCAAACUAUGACUUGUGUUCCGUGUGUUACCAUGGUGAUAAGCACAAUCUCCGACACCGCUUCUACAGAAUUGGCACUCCUGGAAAUGAGAGGGUGCUGCUGGAACCCCGCAGAAAGAGCAAGAAGAUCACAGCCAGGGGGAUUUACCCUGGGGCGAGGGUGGUGCGGGGCGUCGACUGGCAGUGGGAGGACCAGGAUGGGGGCAACGGCCGCAGGGGGAAGGUUACUGAAAUACAGGACUGGAGUGCGGCAAGUCCCCGCAGUGCUGCCUACGUUCUGUGGGAUAACGGAGCCAAGAACCUGUACAGGGUUGGAUUUGAGGGCAUGGCGGACCUGAAGGUGAUGAAUGAUGCGAAGGGAGGGUCCUUCUACCGGGACCACUUGCCUCUGCUGGGUGAGCAAGGUCCAGGGUCUAGGUCAGGUCCUUGUGGUCUUGCCAUUGGUGACCAGGUCAACGUUGACCUUGACCUGGAGAUUGUGCAGUCGUUACAACAUGGCCAUGGAGGCUGGACAGACGGCAUGUUCGAGUGCUUGGGUACGACCGGGACGGUGGUUGGCAUUGAUGAGGAUCAUGACAUUGUUGUCUCCUACCCCAGCGGCAACAGAUGGACGUUCAACCCGGCGGUGCUGACGAAGGUGAACACAGCAAGCAGCUCUGCCUCCCUCGCCAGCGACACCAGCACCGCCACACAGUUCGCUGUGGGCGACCUGGUGCAGAUCUGUAAUGACGUCGAGAGAAUCAAGGUGCUCCAGCGAGGCCAUGGAGAGUGGGCGGAGGCCAUGCUGCCGACGCUUGGGAAGAUCGGGCGUGUCCAGCAGAUCUACCACGACAAUGAUCUGAAGGUGGAGGUGUGUGGGACGUCAUGGACGUACAACCCCUCGGCCGUCACUAAGGUGGCCUCCGCUGAUGGGGCCGCAAUCGGCUGCUCGUCUGGAGGUAACGAGCGUCUGAGUGCCCUGCUGAAGAAGUUGUUUGAGACACACGUUUCCGGGGACGUCAACGAGGAGUUGGUGAAGGCUGCUGCCAAUGGUGAUGGGUCCAAGGUGGAUGAGAUAUUACAACGACCUGAUGGGGAGGUCAGCCUGAACGGUCAGAAGGUAAAUGGCGUGUUUGCAGGACACACUGCACUGCAGGCAGCGUCACAGAACGGCCACAUCGAGGUCAUCAAAGUGCUCAUCAAACAUGCUGUCGAUAUGGAAGUCGAGGACAAAGAUGGCGAUCGAGCUGUUCAUCACGCUGCCUUUGGUGAUGAGCCAGCUGUGAUAGAAAUGCUGCACAGGGGAGGGGCAGAUCUUAAUGCGAGAAACAAGCGGCGGCAAACACCACUGCACAUCGGGGUCAACAAGGGUCACAUCGGGGUGGUGCGGGCACUCCUCGACCUUGGAUGCCACCCGAGUCUGCAGGAUUCUGAAGGUGACACUGCACUUCAUGACGCCAUCAGCAAGAAGAGAGACGAUAUGAUCUCCUUGUUGCUGGAGCAUGCCGCAGACAUCACCAUCGCCAACAACAACGGCUUCAACGCUCUACAUCAUGCUGCCCUUCGAGGGAACCCCAGUGCGAUGCGGAUCUUGCUGUCCAAGUUGCCGCGGCCAUGGAUUGUUGAUGAAAAGAAAGACGACGGCUACACCGCUCUCCACCUGGCAGCGCUCAACAACCAUGUGGAAGUCGCUGAACUCCUUGUUCACCAGGGUAAAGCCAACAUGGACAUCCAGAAUGUCAACUUGCAGACCCCGCUCCAUCUUGCUGUGGAGCGACAGCACACACAGAUUGUCAGGCUCCUGGUGCGAGAGGGAUGUAACCUGAAUGUGCCCGACAAGGAUGGCGACACGCCACUCCAUGAGGCACUCCGUCACCACACUCUCUCGCAGCUCCGUCAACUCCAGGACAUGCAGGACGUGGGCAAGCUACUGAUGGGACUCGGGACACCAGGGGCUGACAAGAAGUCCAGCGCCUCCAUUGCCUGCUUCCUUGCCGCCAACGGGGCCGACCUGAACAUCAAGAACAAGAAGGGCCAGACCCCUCUUGACCUGUGUCCAGAUCCCAAUCUGUGCAAGGCCCUGGCCAAGUGCCACAAGGAGAGGAAUAGCCUGACAUAUCUGCUGACCAGCCCAACGGUCCCCGCAUCCAACGCUGCUGUCAUCCGCAACGACCAGGAGUCCCUGGAGGAGUGUAUGGUGUGUUCGGACAUGAAGCGGGACACGCUGUUCGGACCAUGCGGACACAUUGCUACAUGCUCUCUCUGCUCUCCUCGGGUUAAGAAAUGCCUUAUGUGUAAAGACCACGUCCAGUCUCGCACCAAGAUUGAGGAGUGUGUGGUAUGCUCGGACAAGAAGGCUUCCAUUAUGUUCAAGCCAUGUGGCCAUAUGUGUGCCUGUGAUGGUUGUGCUGCUCUCAUGAAGAAAUGUGUCCAGUGUCGUGCCUCCAUCGAGAAGACCAUCCCCUUCAUCGUGUGCUGCGGAGGAACACCACCCCCCGCCCCCCAGGCUCCCGGGGUGAUGAACAACGGCUCCAGGGACGUCUCCCGCGACAUCCAGAAGCUGCAACAGCAACUACAGGACAUCAAAGAUCAGACAUGUUGUCCUGUGUGUAUGGAUCGGCUCAAAAACAUGAUCUUCCUGUGUGGCCACGGCACAUGUCAGCUGUGUGGGGACCGCAUGAACGAGUGUCCAAUCUGCCGCAAGUCUGUAGAGAAGCGCAUCCUGCUCUACUGAGCUGGGACUCAGCCUCCGUACCAACAUAUGUCUAGAUAAUACAUAACCCAAUAUCUACCGGUAUAUAUGCCUCUGCAUAGACAUGACACUGCCAUGUGUUAUAACCGUUAUAAACAAUUUGUAGCAAAGAGGAAGGGAAUAUGACACAAUUAUGUGUUAUAACUUUCAUAAACUACUUGUAAUGAAUGAGGGAAGGAAUAGGACCUUGGCAUGUGUUAUAACCGUUAUAAAAUACCUGUAAUGAAGAGGGAGGGAAUAUGACUCUUGCAUGCAUUAUAACCGUUAUAAACUAAUUGUAAUGAAGAGGGAAAGAAUAGGACCCUAGAAUGCAUUAUAACCGUUAUAAACUACUCGUAAUAAACAGGAAGGAAUAGGACCCUGGCAUGUGUUAUAACCAUUAUAAACUACUUGUAAUGAAGAAGAAGGCAGCUGUGAGAUGUAUGUGGGAGAUAUUACACUGGCAUAUGUUAUACCUGUUAUAACCCUCCCACAUGUUAUAUCACACCUGGUAUAUACCUUCAUCUACAUCAGCGUUGCCACGAGGAUGCGGAAACAGAUUGCCGAGGGUGUGCACCUGUUUGACCUCACAUACGAACCUUUUGCUACAGACAAGCACAAUGAAAAGCCACUACACUGGACAGUAUCAUUCCCAGUGAAUCAUCCAGGCUAAAAACUGGAAUAACAUAUACUACUCAAAAGAAGUUAAGGCAUGACAGAUUAACUAAUGUAACAUGAAAGAAUAUUGUGGUCCUUAACUUCUUGUGAGUAGCAUAUUUGUUUUUAUAGCUGUCCUUUUUAUUGAAAAUGAAGAUGAAGAUGUCGCAACAGUUAUUGUCAGGAAAGGUUCUGGAUGAAGAGGGUAUCGCUGUAUCAGUUUUAUCUAGAUGCCUGUACAUCAUUUUAAAGAUCUUGUGUAUCAGCUCUGUUAAGAUGAAGCUUAGAGACACAGGUGACAAUGUGAAGUCCUGUAUUGAUUGUCUAACAUGUGAGACAAAAUUUGGCCGAGGAGGGCUUGUGUGUAAGAUAUGUUUAUAUUGUGUGUCAAUACAACGGCAUUGCAGGAUGUAGUUGUCCAGUUGAUGUUUUAUCGAGAAUUUUAAUGUUGUAUCACACAACCCGCUACAGAUCUGAAAUAGCUACGAAUUUCAUGACAAUCAUAAUGCAUCAAACGAAGAUGUGUCUUAAUACUUUGCAGGUUUGUGUAAACUCACCCUCAAUUACCCAGCGUAUAUCUCCAUUCUAUUAUGAUAAACAUAAUGUCUUGAAAUCCACUCGAGUGAAUGCCCAUGACACUACGUUAUUAUUACCCCAGUCAGUGUAUCAGUGUGAACUUAAUUUUCAUUCUCAGCUCCCUGGGGAGUAUAGUAUAGUAAUAGUCUGGUUUUAGUCCAGUAAAUGGGGUGUCUAAAUCAAAGAAGUCGAAAGAGUUCUCAGUGCACGGAUAUUGUGCGACCCCACUAUCAUUGCUUGAUAUUAAAAUAAUGUGUAGAACAAAUUACACAAGUCUGUCGCUCAUGUUGCAGGAAAAAUAUGGUCGUUUUUUAGAUGUAAUCGUAACUUCUUUUUUUGAUUGGAGAAAAUUGUGUUUGCUAACCUGUGAAGUAUUGACGAUGAUAUAGGCACCACUGUCAAAUUGACAGUACUUGGCCAAAUCUAGAUAAUCAUUUAAGAUCAGUAUAGCAGGACCACACCUAACUGUUCAAAUAAGGUUCUGAGUGGAAAUACAGGCAGUUUCGUAACAAUCAUUGGCCAUGUCCGACGUGGCGUCCCGUUUAAAGAAGACUCUCACUUCAUGGGUGGGGGAUGGGUUAGCCUAAUGCUUGAAAUGUUACCUCAAAACACCAAGGACCCAGUUGGAUUCUCUUCAUAGGUACAAUGUGUGAAGUCAUUCCUGUAGUCCCCUGCAGUAAUAUUGGGCUUAAAAAAAUAAAAGAACUGGUUCUCAGUCAAUGUUUUUUGAAAAUUUAGUGUGGGCGGGCGGUGUCUUAUUUUUUGUUCUUCAAACUGGUAUGUAAAAAACAAACAAACAGUUGUGUAACCAAAUAAACAGUUGUGUACAAUCAACCUUGGAAAGGGCCUCCCUACAUAAAUGUAUUUCCUUGAUGAGUAAAAUACUGGAAUACUGUUGGACUUGGAAUUAUUAAUGAAUUUUUGUUUUUUUUAAAAAUGGAAAUAAAACAAAACGUGCUACGAACUUUAUGAUGAUGCAGGCGGUGCCUGAGAACCAAGAUAAUUAUUUUUUUUAGCCUUGGUGGAAUUUUGUUAAAAGUGCUGUAGAACCAUACUCCCCACUGACAUUUUAGUGAUAUGUGAUUGUUUAACACGCCUCGCUACAGCAGUCUGUUAAGCUUCGAAAGGGGUACAACUUGACCUGAAACAUUUUCUUGCACAGAUAGUGACACUGUGUACUGCAGAUGUGUGCAGGAAGGGGAAGCGAUUGUGACGUAUAUACAGGGGUGAGAAUCCUCCGUGGAUGUGCAAAUUUCCUCAAAUAUUAGUGACCACAAAUUUGUUAAAAUCUGAUGGCUAAUCUGAAUCACCCCCAAAAUUAUGAACCCUGCGCUAUUGCAAAUAGGUUUCAGCUAAACAGGAAACUAUCCAUUCUCAUCCCUGUGUAUAGGACAUUGUUACUUGGGGUCUUCCGUGACUGGGUGACUGUGAUAAGCUGGUGUUGAUCUGGGGGUCUAUGGUAGUUGGACAUUCAUAGUUGGAGUCCCAAGACUUAUCCCAUAAAGCAAACAUAGUGCUACAACUACAUAGCUCCUAGACAGACGUCAGUCUUAGCGUUACGAUGGCUUUGGGAAACAGGCUCUUAGGCCCUGUUCCACAAGGUGAUCAGUAAUCUAUGCCAGAAUAUGGGAGUUAAGACUGUCAUGCUCUAAGAUCGCUUUGUGGAACACCUGGUGUCUUGAUUUAUGCAGCUAAGGUAUGUGUUAUGUCAUAGAGGUUUAGCAUGUGGAAAUGGCCAAAGAAUCUCAACUGUUUUAUACGUGAGUGUUGUCCAAAGUUGAAGCAAAUAAUCUCCACACAAUCAUGUCAUCCAGUUAAGAAUGAAUGUCCUUUUGGAUGAUGUGGACCAAACAUUUUGGCUCAUGUCAUCCAUAGUUUGGUAGUGAGAUCAAUGUCCACAAACUUCCCAUAAUUUGGGAUCAUCUCCAGAGUGAGCUGAGAUUUUGAUUAGGUGUCCAUGUUUGUUCUGAGAAGAUAUUAAAUUUGACCCUGUGAGGGCCAUCUUGGCGUUUUUUCUACAAAUAAUCUUCUUCUCCAAACAGUGUUAAAGUUGUUCCAAGCAGAAAUUAAAUAUGGCCUCGGGGGGGCAUCUUUGUGAUUUUCUCCAAAAUACAUGGACAGAGGGGAUGAACAUUUGACAACAUGGGUGACACAGGUCAAGAUGUUGAAAUUAAUUUGCACUCAGACUGACUGUGUGAAGGUCUGUGUAAACACUCUGUGCUAAAACAUUGAGUCUGCUAGGUCCCACUUGGCAUUUGACAUCAUUUCCUGUAGAUUUUAGUGUUAUUAAAUGGGGUUAAUCUCUAAAUUUAUUCCUGGACUUAGGGCCAGUGUUUGAAAUAACAAGAAUUGCCAGGCUGCCACCAGGACCCAGACUAUGGAAGCUGCAAGCUCUGACUAAACUCUUCAGGCCCUCAUUUAAAAAACUGCAGCUUAUUGUGACAAAUAAUUUGACAAAUAGAUUAACUGCAAAUUUGAAACUACAAGCCCAACUUGAAAUCUACCUGCCACAGGAUUGCGCUUAUUUCAAACAAUACUUUGCACUUGUGGCCGGAGUGGGAGACUGUCUCAAGUAUCACUGAGUUUGGCUGACUUUCAUGUUGUCCUAUAAGUUAGGUUAGCUUUGGUGUCAUGUUUAUCAAUGAAAUCUUGUUUAUAUAUAUAUAUAUAUUCUUCAUCAGGGCCCCAUUCCACAUGCUAUGAACACUUUGUGGAUCAUGGUCAAGAUCGAAGUAGUAAUAGAGGGUCGGCCAAAUCAUUAAUUUAUGUGGUUCUGAAUCUGAAAUUUUCAUAUUUGGAAAACAAUAUGGCUGUUGUCGGCCAUCUUGGGAAAAUAUUACAACACUGUUCGAGGUCAGAUUUUGAAUAUUCUGGAUGAGACUGACAGGGAUUUCUUUUGUGCAGAUAUAGAUAUGACAAAAAGAUGAUGUUCAAAGGAAAUGUUUACAGUCAGGAUGACUAUUUGUUUGUGGAGUUUUUCAUGUUCUUUUAAUGUCCCGUCCCAUAAGCUGGAUAUUGACGAGACAGUCCGUCAUUUGAUUGGCUGAAAUUCCUGGGAAAAUUUCUCAAACUGAAUCCGACUAUGCCAUAAAUGCCACAUCUGCAAUAUUUAAAGGUCAAAUAGGUUAAAUUGGGAGGGUGUGUGUGUGUGUGUGUAUGUGUGUGUGUGUGUGUGUGUGUAGAAGACAAUCAUGACUUCCUACAUUGAUCAAGGUCAAGAGAUGCAAGCAAGAGUGUUUUCUGUGACAAGUGUCUGCAUUUGAAUAUCUAUGUGUGUAUGGAUAUGACCCUCAAAGCAUCAAGCACAGAUUUUGCAAUAAAUGAUCAGAAAAUAUGAAAAUGGCGUGCUGAAAAGACAGUCUUCAAGUCAUUUGCCAGUUUUGAUCUGAUCAAACAUCUUGUUCUCUACUGAAACAACAACUUGCUAUACGGUCUUAUUGUCUCAUGUUGAUGACUGAAGACAUCACAUUUAAUUGAUAAGUUACCAUGGCAACAGCCGGGGGAGACAAUUAAUAGCAUUAUGUACAUUAGUCUAGUGUUACUUAGCUAUGUCUGUUUAUUUUAGCUUUAUUUAUGAUGUAAUCUUAUUAUUGUUAGUUAUCUGCUUAAUGUGUAAAUGCUGACAUAUUUGUUAUUUUGUGAGGUUAUUGACACACAGAUAUGAUCCAAUAGCAGGAAGAGCACAAAAGGUAGUCUUCCUUCCUUUGCUGUGUCAACUCCUACAUAUGAAACUUAAAAUAGAAAAUCACACACAAAGGGUUUUGGUGGAACAAGAUACUAAUUUAAUAAUUGUAGACAUGAUCCUGAGGAAACCUAAAUGUGGGACUGGUGGAUCAUUGCAUUCCUCAAAUUAACACGACAAGAAUGUUUGUUGCUGCAUCUUUUCGUCAAUUCAUGUGGAUGCUUUCAUCAUCUGGGCAAGGCCAGAAAAAAAUAUUUCUUAUUUUAUGGAUAAGCCUAUUGUAUAUUUUGUAAAAGUGAACAGAAAUAUGCAAAUGCUGAUAGGACUGUUCAACUGUUGUUUCAAGGGUGGUUUGGGGGGUGAUUGUUUUUGUAAGGAGGGCAGGGCUUUUAGCAUACAGAUGAAGAAAUCUCUUUAACAAGAAAGUAUCUACAAAGUAUCUGCUCUUAUAUAAGGGCUUAGUCAGUCUGUCAAACAGGGUAUCGGUUUGAGAAAAGUCGGUGAGAAAUAUUUCAUGGUUAGUGGUGCCCAGUUUUUCUAGUAUUCUUUGGGUCAACCAAUUUUGUACAGUUAUUAAUGUCAACUUAUUUUCAAGUCCUUCCUUCGUGGUACAUUUGUAUGUCUUUGCUGAUGGUAGGUUGCACAGAAAUUAAGAAAAUGUUAUUUCAAUGCUGCUGCUGCUUUGCGAUGAUGUCUUGUUGAUGUUGAUACCAUACACUGGUGCUGUAGGCUUGGAUUUGACAAGGGGAGACUUCUGCUACAUCUUUAACAAAAGAUGUCAUCACGCUUACCUUUCCCAUGUUUUAAUAAAAUAUUAAUAAUAUUAAAUACCAAAUUUUAGACAGUCAACCCAGUAAUUCUACAUAUAUGAAACGGUCUCCUUGACUGAAAGUGAAAAUAAUGCAUCAGCUGUGUAUACGUGGGAGAUAUAGUGGAUCGGUUUAUUCCAUGAAAUUAUAUCCUGUGCAAUGUUAUGUACAGUCGUGAUCUAUCAAUUUAUAACAAUGUGUGUAGUUUAGAUACAUUAAGAUGUUUUGUAAAUAUGUACGUACCAGGAUAGAAUUCAUACCUGAUGGCUUGCAUUGUGGCUCAUAUCUCAUAUCAAGAACUAUGUUUUAGAACUAUAGAUUGUCUGGUCCAGACCCAAUUAUUUAUAGCUGGACUAUUGCUGAUGAAAGCCUAAAAGCAACAAUGAUAUGACAUAUGAGCAGAAACAUCUGAUGGGUUUUUAUUAGCUCCGAGGUGAGGUGAAGUGACUUUGCAUCCCACACCCAUAUCUUGAAAACAGGUUUCUAGGACAGACAAUUGUAUACCAAUACAUGCCAUUCAAGCAGUGGUCUUACAGAAUUUGACACACAUAAUUAAAGCAGCCACUGUGAAACUGCAUUCUUCCAUUUGGAAAGAUUGGACAUAUUAGGUAUGCUCCGGGUUAUCCGCCUGGAGCCCCUCACCGGUGUUGUGCUCAUCGGGACAGUGGAGAUGCAGACUCCGAGGAAUAGGAUCAAGAUAUACCGCUACUCAUAAUCAAAAGAUGUUGCAGUGCCAUUUUGCAUGUCCAUGUUUUAGAUAUUGUUGAAAGUUGUUAUAUUACAUGUGUUUGUAAAUAUCCUUGUGUCUGCAUUGUUUUGCAUCCUUGAUUUGCCUCUGCUUGAGUGUACAUACGGCCAGAUGGUUGCCACUAAUUUACGCCAUUUACCAAUCUUGCAUCUCGUCCAUUAAAUGUAUUUGAUCAA